CUCUCGGUCCUCAUCUGCUCCGCUCUCGCGCCUGCGCUCGAUUGGUCGAGCCUGAGCCAGCAUGGCGGCGCCCAUGUAACAAGUCCGUGCCGCGGAGGGGACGGCGGCCGCAGCGCGGGCCCCGCGGGGGUCAGAAGUCACCAUGCUGAGGGCGGCGUGGAGGGCGCUGAGUUCGAUUCGGACCCAGGCAGUCACCCAGGCCCCGGUCCUUGGGCUGCCGGGCGCAGGGUGCGCCAGGCUUCCCUCCGACCCAUGGAGCCUUCUCUCACCUCCUCGAGGUCUCAUCUUCCAGGCCGCCCGCGGAUAUGCCAUCCGGAAACCAGUCCAGCCCAGCCAAGAAGAUGACCCGCCCCCUUCCACACUGCUCAAAGACUACCAGAACGUCCCUGGAAUUGAGAAGGUUGAUGAUGUCGUGAAAAGACUCUUAUCUUUGGAAAUGGCCAACCGGAAGGAGAAGCUAAAAAUCAAGCAAGAGCAGUUGAUGAACAAGAUCGUGGCAAACCCAGAGGACACCAGCUCCCUGGAGGCUCGAAUUGUUGCCUUGACUGUCAAGAUACGCAAUUAUGAAGAACACAUGCAGAAACAUCGAAAGGACAAAGCCCACAAGCGCUAUCUGCUGAUGAGCAUCGACCAGAGGAAAAAGAUGCUGAAAAACCUCCGUAAGACCAACUAUGGUGUCUUUGAGAAGGUGUGCAAGGAGCUAGAGAUUGAGUACACCAUUCCGCCUCUGUACAACCGAAAAGCCCACCGCCGCUGGGUGACCAAGAAGGCUCUGUGCAUUCGGGUUUUCCAAGAGGCUCAAAAGCUGAAGAAGCAAAGAAGGGCCUUAAAAGCUGCAGCAGCAGCCCGGAAACAAAGUCAGAGGAACCCAGAGAGCCCUUCCAAAGGCGGACCAGAGACAAUCAAAGAAAACCAAUAAAUUCUGUUAAAGU